AUGGCUCCUCCGAAAAUAAGAACGUAUAUCGAUGAUUAUGUCAAAUUUGGUUUUACGUUCAUUGAAAAAGAUGGUGUCCAAAAGCCUCAGUGUGUUAUUUGUCACGUUGUAUUAAGUAAUGAUGCCCUCCGACCUAGUCGACUAGAACGACAUUUAACCACAGCUCAUCCGAUGCUAAAAGGAAAACCUAAAGAGUUUUUUGUUGCUAAAAACAAUUCUUCAAGUAAAAUGAAAAUUGACCAUACCGGUGAGUUUCAACAGAAUAAUGAAAAAAUUGUUGAAGCUUCAUAUCACAUCGCCUUCAUGGUGGCUCAGCAAAAGAAACCCCAUACCUUAUGUUAUUUGUCACGUUGUAUUAAGUAA